AAAAUCCAGUCUGAAGGCACUUUAAAAAUUUUCGAAAAAUGAACCUAUAACCAGAAAUGUCAAAUACACUAUAAACAUCAACGAUUUAUCAGAAACAUAUUUCAUACACUACACAGAUCUAUCCAAUGGUUCAAAUCAAUGAAGUAAAGGAGUCUUCUUCUCAAGCUAGAGAAAGUAGAACCGCAGCCCAUACUCAUAUCAAAGGUUUGGGAUUGGAUGAACAUGGGAUUGCAAAGAGAGUUGAAGGAGGAUUUGUUGGUCAAUCUGAUGCCAGAGAAGCUUGUGGGAUUAUAGUUGAUUUAAUUAAAUCCAAGAGAAUGUCAGGUAAGGCCAUUUUAUUGGCUGGUGGGCCAGGUACUGGUAAGACCGCUCUUGCGUUGGCUAUUUCUCAAGAAUUAGGUCCAAAAGUACCGUUUUGUCCUAUUGUUGGAUCUGAAUUAUAUUCUGCUGAAGUUAAAAAAACUGAAGCUUUAAUGGAAAAUUUCAGAAGAGCUAUUGGAUUAAGAAUUAAAGAAACUAAAGAAGUUUAUGAAGGGGAAGUUAUUGAAUUAGCUCCUGAAGAAGCAGAAAAUCCUUUAGGUGGUUAUGGUAAAACCAUUAGUCAUGUUAUAGUAGGAUUAAAAACUGCUAAAGGUACUAAAAAUUUAAGAUUAGAUCCAAGUAUUUAUGAAAGUAUUCAAAAGGAAAGAGUUACUAUUGGAGAUGUGAUUUAUAUUGAAUCAAAUACUGGAUCUGUUAAAAGAGUUGGAAGAUCAGAUGCUUAUGCUACUGAAUUUGAUUUAGAAGCUGAAGAAUAUGUUCCAUUACCAAAAGGAGAAGUUCAUAAAAAGAAAGAAAUUGUUCAAGAUGUUACUUUACAUGAUUUGGAUGUAGCAAAUGCAAGACCUCAAGGUGGUCAAGAUGUCUUAUCAAUGAUGGGUCAAUUAUUAAAACCUAGAAAAACGGAAAUAACUGAUAAAUUAAGAACCGAAGUUAAUAAAGUAGUAGCUAAAUAUAUUGAUCAAGGUGUUGCUGAAUUAAUUCCUGGUGUUUUAUUCAUUGAUGAAGUGAAUAUGUUAGAUAUUGAAAUCUUUACUUAUUUAAAUAAAGCUUUAGAAUCAAAUAUGGCUCCAAUUGUGGUAUUAGCAUCCAAUAGAGGAUUAACCACCAUAAGAGGAACUGAUGAUGAUGAUAUAAAAGCUCCUCAUGGUUGUCCACCUGAUUUAAUCGAUAGAUUAUUAAUUGUCAAAACCUUACCUUAUAAUCAAGAAGAAAUCAAAAUCAUUAUAUCAAAAAGAGCAACUUUAGAAGGUUUAUCCAUAACACCUGAAGCCCUUGAUAUUUUAGCUGAACAUGGUGUAUCAAUUUCUUUACGUUAUGCUUUACAAUUAUUAGCUCCCGCUGGUAUAUUAAGUUCUACUGCUGGUAGAUCUGAAAUCACCAAUGAAGAUAUUGAAGAAUGUGAAUUUUUAUUCUUAGAUUCUCGUAGAUCAAUUAAAGUUUUAGAAGAAGGUAAAGGAUUCCUUUAGAUUAUUUGAUGUAUAGUAUGUUUUAACUACUUUAUUAAUAAA